CACUUGUCUUUGAAAAUUGUUGUAUUAAUAUUUGGUUUCGUUGGAUGUACUGGAGUAGGGUUCGACUGCUGAAUUCUUUCCCCAAAAUAAUGUGAGAACGUACUGAGACUUCGUAUGCAUGUGCUGUAUGUUAUUUCCAGUAUCUUAGCGAGAUGUGGAGGCUCUAUCUCAAAACGUGUAAGUUACAUUCUGCUUUCACUAUUGUUUGUUGAUUACGAUUUUGACAGCCCCAAGUUAAUUUAAGAGAGAACUGAAGUAGCUGGCAGCUUUUGAUAGUUCGCAGCAGGUAAAUCAUCCAUUGUGAGCUGUUUUUGCUAAGGAUAAAGAAUGUCCAGAAUUCUGGACAGAGUACCAAAAGUUCACCGUGAAUAGUUAAGUUGAUUAUUCUUGUGCAAGACGUACAAUUAUUUCGUUGCAAUUACGUGCGAGUAUUCUGCAAGGCAUUGGACCAUCCCUCGUCUCUUGAUAAUCUAAAUGUUUCCAGUGACUGAUCCAUAUUUUCGAUUCUAGUGUUCAUUAAGUAUGACAUUUUUGUUGAAAAUCAGCAUUGGAUAACAGGUUUUUAUAGUACCAAAAUACGGCAAUUAGUUGAUGACUAAUUAAAAAUAUGGGUUUGAAUUUCCAUGCCAAAAGAAAAGCUUUGAUGUGCACGUCCAGUUUGAAUUCAAAGUAUUCAGAAUAGUUUGGAUUUGAUUCGAAAAGUGGCUUACUGAUGAUUUCCAUUCCUGAGUUUGAUUGUCAUAUUGAUUUAUGAUUCCCACUCCAGAGACUAGAUGAUAGAUGAAAAAAAAUCUUGAGGGUUAUUGAUUUCAAAUUUUCCAUUAGUAAUUGGUACAUUUGUUUAAGAUGUUUCAGAGCCCAAAAAUAAUGGCUUGCAUCAAUCAUUUACAUUCUCUUAGGAUUUCCUACUCCAUAGAAGCAAGCAGCUGCAUGUGCAAUAGUAACUUGCUUGUGCUUAAACCUAAUGGAUAUCAAAAUAUUUUAAACAGUUUCCCUUGUUCUACAGUUUCCUAUUUCUAAGAUACCUACAGCAUGAUUUUUGAAAAGUAGUUUACUGAGAAGGAUGCUGAUGAACAAAGGGCAUUUAAUUUUUGCCUUGUCCAUGGACGACGAUUUACGUAAUCUUUUAAUGAAAUGGAAAUGUGCUUAAAGAAGCAUUCUUGCCAUAAUAAUUAUUGCAUUCAAAUGAGGUGUGGCAUUUCAUCUUGGAGAUGCUGCUUCAGGUAAUGUAUGAUUUUGGAACAUUUCAUAAAAGCAAACUUAUUCAGUUCAAUGAAAAGGAAAUUUUUAUCUGCCAUUUUAAGGAAAUGAUGUACUCAAUUUUUCAUUUUUCAGCUAUUCUUCAGAAAUACAUAUUUGUCAGUAUAAACUGCAAGGAAAUGUCCUAUGAAACCACUAACAAUGCUGCAAUAUGGAAAGUAGCAUGUUGGAAUGGCAGUAAAGGAAUUGGUUCCAAGAUAACCUUUUAUGUUGCUGUGUGGUGUACUUAACAACUGAGACCUGUGGAGUGUGGAUUGAUGAAUGAUGUUCUGCUACAUGGGAAACUGAUCCUUGAGGUUCAGACAUGUCAACUUUAAAUUACAUCUUAAGUUCUGGGUGAAAUAUGCACCCUUGUGACUAUGGGUUCAUUAUCUCAGUGAAAUGAUGAAUCUCUGUAGAAAUGUCAAAAAUUAAAAAAGGAAAAAAAAAUGCAGUGAAGAUACUCAGAAGAUAAUUAGUGUCUUUGACAAGUUGACAAGAUUGGAAACUUCCUGUUCAGACUGUUAACGUCAUUGAAACCAGGAUGAAUGCUAUAAUAUUGGAACAUCAACAAGAACUUUUAACUCAUGUUCUCAGUACAUAAAAGCUGCUGAUUUGUAUGUAGCCAGUUUUUAAUAUGAUAAAUGUCUUAACAGACUGAGGAAUAUUAAUUUUGAAGAUUUGGAAGAUCUAGUCUCACUGACAGCCAGAAAGGCCUUCUGCCCAAUGUCGAGCAUGAUUCCAGCAGCUGACAAGAAGUCCGUUACGCGUAACUACCUUGUCAAUGACACGGUGUGCUGUGAGGUGCUGGAAGUGAUGCCAGACACUGAGAAGCUUGUGGUUGGUAUGAAGGGCUUUGCUCUUCCUCCUGAUUCCGAGUAUUCGUGUCGUCUUGGCUUAAUCACCAGUGAAGAUUUCCCAGAGAUGUAUAAGAAAACUCAAGACAUGAAGGGAGAGUCCUACCAGAAAGUACUGGAGAAAACCUUAGGUUUCUACAACCCGAACAACAUUAACUACUUGGCCAAUUUACUUGGUCUUGGAAGCACCAAUUAUUCACACAUGACUGGAAUGCGUGGAAGAUUCCCUGAACAAGAGUAUGCAUCUGAACUUCGUCAGAUACAAGCGAGCAAGUGGGCUUUCAGGAGUGUAGCCGAAGGCAUUGAGCAUUUCAAGUCAGGAAGGCAUUCUGAGGCAUUUCAGUGUUUGAACAAAGCAUUGAACAUCGAUCCUCGAAAUGUUGAAGGAUUGGUGGCACGUGGAGCAUUAUACGCAAAUAGUGGCAGUUUCCAAAAAGCCAUAGAAGAUUUUGAAACAGCUCUAAAACUGAACCCCAACCACCAGAAUGCUCGUAAAUAUGCUGGAGAAACAUUGGUUGCUCUGGGGAGAAGUUACGAAGAUGAAAACAAAUUUGACGAAGCCCUGAAAGCAUACCAGAACUGCUUAUCUCUCAUACCAUUUCAUGAAGAAGCUCAAAAUUCUAUUGAAUAUUUGAAAAACAAGAUUCUGAACAGCUCUAAAUUAUCAGAUUCAGAAGUUACCAUACCAGGCUUAAAUUCUUCAAAAUCUGCUGAAGUGAAAGAAACAUUGAAGCAGCUACUGAAAAGCAAUGAAGAGGAGGAGAAAAAGGAGAAAGAAAAAUCGAAGUCCAAGAAGAAGAAAGAGAGGAAGUCUAGGAAACGGCGACACCGUUCUAGUUCAUCAAGUAGUACUUCCAGUUCAGCAAGUUCUCGGAGUUCGUCGUCUUCCUCAUCGUCGUCUUCAGAUUCAAGCUCAGCUUCAUCGAGAUCUGGAUCCCAUUCACGUUCACGCUCACCUUCCAGGUCCCGAAAAUCUUCAAAAAAGCACAGGAAAAGUUCCAAAAAGAAAGAAGACAAGAGGGAGAAAUCACUUUCACCGUUAAGCAAAAGAAUGGCUCUCAUGGAUCCUAACAGUGAAGUUGAAGGUCUUGGAGGUUUACUUGCGCAGAGGGUAUCACAUUACAAUCCACCUGCUGUUCCAUUUUCUUUUACUCCAUUUCAGGUUGUGCAAGAUACCAGUAUGCAAAAAUCAUAUGAAAAAGAUGAUUAUGAGCAGAGAGUUUGUAGAUUUUUGGAACAGACUAAAGGAGACUCAGAAUAUGAAGAAAAGGUUCGAAAAUUCUUGGAGGAAUCUGCACGAUGGAAAAAGGAAAGGAAAGCUCAGGAGGAAAAAUCAAAGAAGAAGAAAAAGAAGGAAAAGAAGUCCCGUGAUAAGGAGAAGAAUAAGAAGAAGAAGAGGGAACGUGAAGAGCAUGAGAAGAAGAAGAAACAUAGGAGCAAACGCUCCGAUAAAUUUGACAUAAAAGAUUUCGAAGAACAGAUGGAGUCAAAGAAGUUCAGAGAUGCUAUUAGGAAGGAGCUCACUGUUAAGGACGAAACACGAAAACGAAAAAGUAUAGAUGAUGAAGAAGAAUUCCUGUAUGGAUCAGGAAGUGACAAAAAGGAUUUGAGAUUGCUUGGACUUGAAAACCUUCCUGAUCUUGAAGACUUGGAAUCAAAGUUAAGUGCUUAUUAUGCCAAGGUGGAGAAGGAUACUGGGUUAUCAAAAAGGAGUGAGGAGAAAGGUGAGAAAGAAAAGAAGAGACACUCCUCCAGCCCGGGCAAAAAUAAACAUGCAUCACCAAAAGUUGUUUUUGUUCACAAUGAAGAGGCAAAAGUAGAAGAAACAUUAAGAGCAAGAGAAAAGAAAAAGAUGGAUAUGUUUGCAGACUCACCUUCACCACCAGCAAAUUCAAAGGAGAAAGCAACACCGGAGUCCGCUACAGUCAUGCCUUCGAAAUGGAAGAUACAGAUUGGCUCAACAAACACUAGAAUUAAGAAAAAGGACAAAUCUCAAAUUGAAAAGGAACCGUGGGAUGAAAUUGAAGAGAAGAGGUUCAUUUUCUUGAAAGACAAUGAUAAAGAAGGUAGUGAAGAUGAAGCUGAGGUGCGCAAGAAGAAACAACCGGAAGAAAAGUUUAGUGCCAGGAAAUCCAGAGAAACAGCUGAAAAGAUUGUACAAGAAAAACCUAAAAAAGAAAGUUCAGAGGAAGCAAGAGAAGAUUCUAUUACUAAAACGCAACAGUUUAUGGAUAAGUUUCAGAGUGGUUUUAGAAUAAACUCAUCUCGUUCCUCAGAAAAAAAAUCAGAUGAGCUCCCUCCCCUGCCACCUGGUAUGCCCCCAAAGACAUCAUUCACCAUAUCAGGUAGAGGCAAGACAACACCAGUGUUAGCAAACUCCAGUUCACAAGCCAAGGGCCCAAGGACUGAUAGUGAUACAGAUUCCAAUGCUUCUGAGAAACGAAAGAAAAAGAAACCACCGCAGCAACAACCACAGCAACAGCAGCCUACUCCUACAUCACAACAGACACCAACUGCAGCUUCAUCUAGUGCAGGUCCUGGUAGAAGGCUUUCAUCUGGUGAAUCAUCACGUAGCAGGUCUCGCUCUCGAACAAAGUACAGUCGUGCUUCUAGCAGUAAUAGCUCACGGUCUCGCUCUCGUUCAUAUCCAAAGAAUAGGAACAGGUCUAAAUCUGCUUCCUAUGAUGGUAGACGAUCACGCUCAGCAUCAUAUGCUAGGUAUGGUAGCCGUUCAAGAUCCCGAUCUUAUUAUCGUAGUUCAGCAUCACGUUCAAGAUCUCGUUCGUACCGUAGCCGCAGUCGAUCAUAUGAUCGCUAUUCACGUAGCCGAUCUCGGUCUGAGGAUUACAGGAGGCGUAGCAGAAGUGAAUCUGAUGACCGUCGCAGGAGGCACGAUUACCACAUGAAUAAAUUUCAAGGUCGAUAUCCACGUAAUCGUGGCACAUAUUACAGGCCUCGUUUCCAGAGCAAUUACAAGAAUGCACGUGGUGGAAGUAAUUUUGCUAAUCGUGGGAACAGGAAUUUCCAUCAAAAGUAUGGACCCGGUCGAGGAAACAGGCCAUUCAACAAUCGAGGGAGAGGGAGAGGAAGGCCUAGGUUUUUUCACUAUAAACCUAGUUCUGGUUAUAGAGACUACCAUAGCAGACGUUAUGAGGGAAGACCUCGAUCCAGAAGUAGUGAUGGUAGGAGGAGCUACAGCCGUGAAGAUGAUGAUCCAAUGAAGAAGGUUGAUGCAGCGAAAGAAAAGAUAAAUAAGUAUAUUGCAGAGGAAAAUAAGAAAGAUGAUGCACAAGCAGCUUCCAGUAAAUCUAGGGAUGAACCAUUAAGUGAAGGGGAAGCUGUUGACGAUGAUGAUUAUGGGUUGCCACCAUUACCUCCAGGUGGCCCACCAUCAAGAGAGUCAAGUUAUGUUGACCGUAAAUCUUACGAAGGUAAAUGGGCUGAGAAAGACUCUGAAGAGAAGAGUUCAAGAAAUAGGGGAUCAGAGGGCCCAAGAUUACCCCCAGAAAAUAGCAUUGAGGAAAUGGACAAGUUUCUGAAUAAAGUUAAAGGUCAGAAAAAAGAUGACUCAAAGGAAAGAAGUAAAUCAUUUGGAAAAUCGAGCAGUAACUGGUGAUCUUCAUCAGAAUUGUGACUGUAAAAUAUUCCUUUGCCUUAACUUUCCAUGUUAUAUUUGUGUGUGAGAAAUUGCGUACAUCUCAGUAAAAGUAAUUGUAGUGUUGUGUGCAUAGUGAACUGAAUUAUUUUUGUUCUGUCACUAUUUUGACUUGUGCACUAUUAUCAUGACACUGCUGAUACACAUUGUAAAUAUUUUGUAAUCUUACGUUAUUUAAUAUAAUCUUCCAGUUCGUUGUGUGAGGUAUGUAUUGUUCCCUUCAUUUAUUUGAAAGCACAGCAGAUGGGCAGAAGUACGAUUUAUGUAAAAGUGAGUCUCCAAUUAUAAUUGAUAGAACAUUCCAACUUUUAAGAAUAGUGCCUGUAAGACUGCUGAAACUGUGUGUAGCUUUUAAGCAUUUCAGUAGUUGAAUAGUAAUUUCUUUGAAUGUAAUCAGUUUAUCACUGCAUAGUUUUAUCAAAAACAGAAAUGUGAUGUUCUUGCAAUACUAAAUAUUUCAGUUCAUUACGAGGAAAAUCAGGCUGUCAUUCAGGCUGUACAAAUAUCAUAACACCUCAUUUGAACUUCAUUUAGGAUAUUUGACACUUGACAGAAAUGUGAGAUACGAACUUCAUUUUAAAAUUUUGUAAAUUGUCAUCUUACUGUCUUGGAUACAGUAAUAAAUUGUAUCAAAAUACAUUGUAUUUCAUUCUUUGUAUUUAUUACAGCUACACAAAUAAAUGAAUGAACCUGG